AUGGAUGAAGGACCAGGUUUGGCACUUCAAGACGUCGCAACAUUAGAUAUUUCCAAGCUUACCCCUCUCACCCCAGAGGUCAUCAGCCGACAGGCGACUAUAAAUAUUGGAACGAUCGGUCAUGUAGCUCAUGGCAAAACAACGGUUGUAAGGGCCAUUUCCACAGUCCAUACGAUUCGGCAUAAAAAUGAACUUAUUCGGAAUAUCACUAUAAAGUUGGGCUAUGCAAAUGCGAAAAUUUACAAAUGUGAUGGUCCCGAUUGUCCACCGCCAGGGUGCUAUCAUUCUUUUGGAAGUGCUAGUCCUGACAUCAUAGAUUGCCCCCGUGAGGAUUGCACUGGCAAACUACGUUUAAUGAGGCAUAUAUCGUUUGUCGACUGUCCUGGUCACGACAUUCUUAUGGCAACUAUGUUGAACGGUGCAGCUGUUAUGGAUGCCGCGAUUCUUCUGAUUGCAAGCAAUGAACCCUGUCCGCAACCUCAGACCAGUGAACACUUAGCUGCUGUUGAAAUCAUGCAUCUUGACACGAUUCUCAUUCUUCAGAAUAAAAUUGACUUAGUCAAGGAAGCUGCUGCCCGUGACCAGUACGACCAGAUAGUCAACUUCGUCAAGGGAACAGUUGCCGAGAGUGCUCCAAUAAUCCCGAUUUCGGCUCAGCUCAAGUACAACAUAGAUGUUGUGUGUGACUAUAUUGUAAACAGCAUUCCUAUCCCCGUACGGGACUUCACGUCGGAUCCACGUCUGAUUGUCAUUCGAUCAUUCGAUGUGAACAAACCCGGUUGCGAAGUGGACCAGCUGCGUGGAGGCGUCGCCGGCGGCAGUGUUCUUCGUGGCGUCCUUAAGGUUGGCCAAGAAAUCGAGAUUCGACCUGGCCUGGUGUCGCAGAAGGACGAGUCGGGUCAAGUGAGCUGCCGCCCCAUCCGUUCGUGCAUUCUUUCACUGCUAGCGGAGCAGAAUGAUCUGGCCUACGCCGUGCCUGGCGGCCUCAUUGGUGUAGGCACCAAAAUUGAUCCGCAGCUCUGUCGCGCCGAUCGUUUGGUCGGUCAUGUCCUCGGUGCUGUCGGCACUUUGCCCGAAAUCUACGUAGAAUUGGAGAUCUCCUUCUACCUCCUGCGGCGCCUCCUCGGUGUGCGGACCGAGGGCGAUCGAAAGGGUGCCAAGGUUCAAAAACUGGCGAAGCGAGAGAUGCUUAUGGUGAAUAUUGGUUCCCUCUCCAGCGGUGGCCACGUUGUUGCAGUGAAAGGAGACUUGGCAAAGAUUGCUCUCAACACUCCAGUCUGCACUGAAGUCAAUGAGAAGGUGGCGCUCAGUCGUCGUGUUGAGAAACACUGGAGAUUGAUCGGCUGGGGCAAGAUCCGUCGUGGUGUAACGAUUACACCCAAGACCUAG